AUGGCAGGCCACAUUCCCCUGGGCAAUAAGCCCACAACAACCUCACUUCACCCAAGCUUCCACUCGCCCAAAGCCAUCGUCCAAGCCAUCACCUCGCCCAUCAAGGGCUCCAAGCACCGCUGGCUCGCAGAGACAGCUGCGGAAGUGAGAAGCCUCCAUCUCUGGCUAGAGGCCUUUGCGCGCGAGCUGGCCUCGGCGCAAGCGCACCAGACGCCCCUGAGCAGCCGCCUCCUCGUCGAAUGCCUCGCCCUCGUGAGCGACCUCUUCUUUUUCGGCGCCCUCGCCAACGCCCGCAUCCACUGGGAAGCCGGCUUCCCGCGCAACGUGAACGGCUGUACCGAGCCCGAGGGGGACGAAAUCCGCAUCAACGUGACCAACGCGUACGAUGGCAACAUCAGCCCGGAGCGCUAUGCGGUGAAGCUUCUCGUGUUCAUUGCGCAUGAGGCGCUGCAUGCGUUUUGGGUGCAGUAUGCGUGUCGAGGGCAUGAUGCGUGCUGGGAGGAGUGGGGUGCGUCGGGGCAUGGGAUGGCGUGGCAGAGGAUGGCGUUUGAGGUGGAGAGGGCGCUUGAGUAUGCGGGCGUGGAGGGUGUUUCUCUGGUGAGGGCGGCUGCUGCGAGGGAGGAGCGCGACGCUUUCAGGGAUGAAGGUGUGGUGUGGUCUCCGUCGAGAGAGGAUGUGCUGAGGUACUUUGGGGGUCGUUGUCCUGUUUCUGGGCGGGUCUAUACCAGGGAUUGGAGAGAUAAGCUCAAGGCGUUGUUCAAGUGGUAG